CGUCUUCCUUCUUUUGUCUUCUCUUUCUCAUUUUGCAACCAAACCAAAUUAGGGUUUCUCGAUCUUCCUCUCUUCUUCUUUUUUCACUUACCUCAUCGAUUUAGGGUUUUACUCUUCCCAACAAAAUAAAGGGUUGGUUCUGAACAAUUUUGUGUGUUUUGAAGAAUAUUUAUCUGUUUCCACAAAGGGUUGUUUUUUUUUAUUUUUAUUGUGGGCCCCUUUUAAAUUUUAAAGGUGUCAUUGCUAUUCUGGAAAGGAUUGGUUAUCGUUUGGAAUUUUGUGGACAGCUGUUGACAACAAGAAUUUGUGAUUGACUAUGCGAAGUUCAUGGGCAGAUUUGGCUGCAAAUUCUGCAGCUGACAUUGCAGUUCCUGGUUCUUCUGCCAACAACCCGGGAACUGGCAGCACUUUAGCUCCUUCGAAACCUGUUUAUGUUCCUCCCCAUCUGAGGAACCGUCCACCGUCAGCAGAAUCUCCUGCUCCAACAAAUAGUGGCCCAACUUCUGGUUCUGGUUCUGGUACUGUUGCUGGUAAUGCUGGAUCACGUUGGGCUGCACCGAAAAAUGAUUAUCGUUCUGGGUAUGGUGGCGGUGGCCAUACGAGUGGAUGGGGGAACAAAAGUGGUGGUUGGGAUCAUGGCAGGGAGCGGGAAGUCAAUCCCUUUGGAGAUGAGGAUAAUGUAGAACAGGCAGUUAGUGAGCCGGAGAAUACAGGAAUAAAUUUUGAUGCAUAUGAAGACAUUCCAGUGGAGACCAGUGGUCAAAAUGUGCCCCAACCUGUGAAUACAUUUGCUGAGAUUGACUUGGGUGAAGCACUUAAUCAGAAUAUAAGAAGGUGCAAAUAUGUGAAGCCAACACCUGUUCAGCGGCAUGCCAUACCAAUAUCCCUUGCUGGACGGGAUUUGAUGGCUUGUGCGCAGACUGGUUCUGGAAAGACUGCUGCUUUCUGCUUUCCAAUUAUCAGUGGAAUUAUGAGGGGCCAACCUGUCCAGAGGCCACCUCGUGGGGUGCGUACAGUGUAUCCGCUUGCACUUGUUCUCUCACCAACUAGGGAGUUAUCAAUGCAAAUACAUGAAGAGGCUAAGAAGUUUUCGUACCAAACUGGGGUUAGGGUGGUUGUUGCUUAUGGUGGAGCACCAAUAAACCAGCAGCUGCGGGAUCUUGAAAGAGGGGUUGACAUUCUUGUUGCAACUCCUGGGAGACUGGUAGAUUUGCUGGAGAGAGCUAGAGUUUCAUUGCAGAUGAUCCGAUAUCUCGCUUUAGAUGAAGCAGAUCGGAUGCUGGAUAUGGGUUUUGAGCCACAAAUAAGGAAGAUUGUAGAACAAAUGGACAUGCCUCCACCAGGUGCCAGACAGACUAUGUUGUUCAGUGCCACAUUUCCAAAAGAGAUACAGAGAUUGGCCUCUGAUUUCCUUUCAAAUUAUAUUUUCCUUGCUGUUGGAAGAGUGGGCUCAAGUACUGAUUUAAUUAAUCAAAGAGUUGAGUAUGUUCAAGAGUCUGACAAGAGGAGUCACCUCAUGGACCUUCUUCAUGCACAGAGGGAAAAUGGUGUACAAGCGAAGCAAGCUUUGACUUUAGUUUUUGUGGAGACAAAGAAGGGAGCUGAUUCGUUGGAACACUGGUUGUGUCUUAAUGGUUUUCCUGCAACUACUAUUCAUGGUGACAGGUCACAACAGGAAAGAGAAUUGGCAUUAAGGUCAUUUAAAAGUGGCAACACCCCCAUAUUAGUUGCCACUGAUGUGGCUGCUCGUGGUCUUGAUAUUCCCCAUGUUGCCCAUGUUGUCAACUUUGACCUGCCAAAUGAUAUCGAUGAUUAUGUACACCGUAUUGGAAGGACAGGGCGAGCAGGAAAGAAAGGUCUUGCUACUGCAUUCUUUAAUGACAACAAUUCAUCCCUAGCUAGGCCUUUAGCAGAUCUGAUGCAAGAAGCAAAUCAAGAAGUACCUGCAUGGCUCUCACGGUAUGCUGCUCGAUCCACUUUUGGUGGAGGGAGAAACCGUCGAUCAGGAAAUGGCCGGUUUGGUAGCCGUGACUUCCGAAGAGAGGGCUCUUUUAGUAAAGGUGUUUCAGAUUACUACGCUGCAGGAAACAGCAGUGGUGGCUACGCUGCAGGAAACAGCAGUGGUGGCUAUGGGGCUUCUGGGGGGUAUGCUGGAGGGUAUGGUCCUGGGGUCACUAGUGCAUGGGACUGACUUUUCAACUUUUGUUAGCCUUACAUACUGUCUUAGGCAUAGGUGCGGAUACACACCUAUAGGAUGAUUUUUCUCCCCUUUUGUUUUUAUGGUCUUAAAUUUUACUUCUCUUUUUGACCUCCGUAGUGUUUCAAGCCGUCACCAUUUUGUACUGUUUACAAUGCUAAUCAUUAAGGGGUUGUGGGGUAUAUAUGUGGUCUAGUUGCCACAUCAAUAAAGGUUGUGUAAUGUUGGUAGGUAUUGAUGAUUACUGACAUAUGAGGAGUUUCUUGCCAACAACUUUUUGUCCUCUUAAUUUUGGUCGGAUACUGGUUUGUAGAUUAUGCAAUGACAAUGUUUCUCUCGUUAAGGCAUGCUCUUACUAUUUUCAGCUCAAUUUUUGUUGGAAUUGAGCAUUCCCUGUUUUGAUGGCUAAGGUUUUGUAAUAUUAAA